AUGUGUGAGGAAUGCAGUCCUGGCUGCAAAAAUUGUGAAAGUGAUAACUUUUGUUCUUAAUGUUAAUCUGGUUAUUAUAUAGAAAACAAUAUUUGUAAUGAAUGCCUUCCUAAUUGCCAAAAUUGUAAUAAUAAAAUCACUUGUGAAUUAUGUUAAUCAGGUUACCAUAUUCAUGAGUAAACAAACUAAUGUGUUAUUUGCUCAUAAUAAUUAGGAUAUUAUAUUUCUGGAAAAUAUUGUAAGUAAUGUAAUGUAGCUUGUAAAGAAUGCUCAGGACCUACUGAUUUAGAUUGUACUAUAUGUAACUAAUUUUAUUUCUAAAUUGAUACAACUACAAAGCGUUGCUAAACUUGUCCAAAUAAUGCAUAUUUAAACUCCUCUAACUUUAAGUUAUAGUAUGCUUACUAAGGAUUAAAGCUAAUAUUCCAAUUAAAAUUAUUGCUUAGUAUGCAGUUGUUAGUAAUGCGAAAGUGGAUACAUAUUAUUUAAUUAAAAAUAAUGUACACAGAGCUGUGA